AGAGCUGGUGCUGCUGGGGCUGGACCGGGACAGGAGAGCGAACGGACGGACGGAGCUUCUUCUGCGGGAAGGAAACUUGCAUCCCAGGGCUUCAUACCUCCAGUGUCUCCCUUUUUCUUUCUUUCUUUCCCCUCCUGAUGAGAUGAGGAGUUAACCUACAGAGGGUCAGUCGAAGUUUUCAAGUUGUUGGAGAGAGUUUGGACAGGAGAAGAGGAAGAUGCUGGGGUUAGAGGUCAUCGCGCUCUGUCUUCUCUUUGGCGCCCUGACGCACGGCCAGCCAUCAGAGUGCAGCAAGAAGAAUGAGUGUCCCAUAGACGUGUACUUCACCAUAGACACAUCUGAGACCAUCGCCCUGCAGGAGCCGCCCCCCGGAGCGCUGGUGGAGAGCAUCAAGCAAUUCGUUGAGCAGUUUGCAAUGCGUUUGGAAGAUGCUGAACUCAGGGGUGCCGUGCGAGUCAACUGGAACAUCGGUGGACUGCACUUCUCCCAGAUACAGAAUGAGUUCAGUACCAUCGGACCCAAGGACGCUUUCAUCACUGGUGUUAAGGGAAUCAAAUACCUGGGUAAGGGUACCUGGAUCGACUGCGCCCUCAACGAGAUGAACAGUAAAAUGAUGAGCUCAACCACAUCCCCCAGCCUCCGCUUCGCUGUGGUCAUCACUGACGGCCACUCCACCGCAGAAAAGUGCUCGGGUGUCAAAUCAGCAGCGGAUAAGGCGCACGAAAACAUCCGCGUGUUUGUCGUGGCCGCGUCGAAGAACGUGGAGGAGACGUCACUGAAGGAGAUCGCCAGCUCUCCAGCGUCUGUCUACAGGAGGGAGUUCAUGGCUGUGGAUCUGAGCCAGGGCAGAGCCGUCAUACACACGGACACCAUCGACCGCAUCAUCCAGACCAUGAAACAUAUGGCGUACGCAGAGUGUUACAAAGUGUCCUGUCUGGAGACACCAGGGGUUCACGGUCCACAUGGCCACAAAGGACAAAAAGGAGCUAAAGGAGACAACGGCGACCCAGGUCCGAAAGGAGAGUUUGGUCGACCCGGAGACCCUGGUAUCGAGGGUCCCAUCGGUCAGCCCGGUUCCAAAGGAGAACCAGGUCUUCUAGGCGAUAAGGGAGAGUACGGCUCUCAGGGGAAAAAGGGAGUGCUUGGCAUCUUUGGACGCAAUGGGACAGAUGGACAGAAGGGUAAACUUGGACGGAUCGGUGCUCCCGGCUGCAAAGGAGACCCAGGCGACAGAGGUCCCGAUGGUCAUCCCGGAGACGUCGGUGAACGUGGUCUCGGAGGAACUGGAGGAGACAAGGGUGAUGCCGGUCGCCCCGGAAGACCUGGUCCCUCUGGCCCGGCCGGAGAGGGUGGACCGAAGGGAGAGAGUGGAAGUUCUGGAUCACCUGGCGAACCCGGACUGAAAGGAAACCCAGGAACCCCUGGACAAGAAGGACGCAAUGGAGAGCCGGGGAGAAGAGGAGACUUUGGGCCAAAGGGUGCUCAAGGGUCAGAUGGCAUUAAGGGAGACAAGGGUGAAAUGGGGUCAGAGGGCGUGAGAGGACUUCCAGGUGAAGAAGGAAGCAAAGGAACGAAGGGAGACAACGGCCUGCCAGGCCCCAGGGGACCACCGGGGAUACUAGGAGAGAACGGGAGAAAUGGUAGCAGCGGUGACCCUGGUGAUUCUGGACCCAGAGGAGAACCUGGACUGGUUGGACCAAAGGGAGACCAUGGAAGACCUGGCUUCAGCUAUCCCGGAGGAAGAGGAUCAUCGGGCGGAAAAGGAGAGAAAGGUGGUCGUGGACCCCGCGGCGGCAGAGGAGACUGUGGUCAAAAGGGAGGACCAGGAGAAAAAGGACCUGAGGGAGAGCCAGGCGAGCCAGGAUCUUUUGGUGAACCUGGCCGGAGGGGGCCAAGAGGAGAGCUUGGGCGUAAUGGAGAUCCCGGCCCUGAGGGAGACCCCGGCCUCACUGAAUGUGAUGUCAUGAACUACAUCAGGGAAACGUGUGGCUGCUGUGACUGUGAGAAACGCUGCGGCCCCCUGGACAUUGUGUUUGUGAUUGACAGCUCAGAGUCAGUGGGUCUGACUAACUUCACCCUGGAGAAGAACUUUGUCAUCAACACCAUCAACAGACUUGGAUCCAUGGCCAAAGACCCCCAGUCAGACACAGGCACAAGAGUGGGAGUUGUUCAGUACAGUCACAGUGGAACCUUCCAGGCCAUCAAGCUCGACGACCCAAAGAUUGAUUCGCUGUCUGCUUUCAAGGAUGCGAUGAAGCGCUUGGAGUGGAUCGCUGGAGGAACAUGGACUCCGUCCGCUCUGAAGUACGCCUACGACAACCUGAUCAGGGACAGCCGCAGGGCCAAAGCCAACGUCACCGUGGUUGUCAUCACAGACGGACGCUUCGACCCCAGAGACGACGACUCGCUGCUCACCUACCUCUGCAGCGAUCCCAGCGUCGACGUGAGCGCCAUCGGUAUCGGAGACAUGUUCGACCAGAUCGAGGAGAAUGAGAGUCUGAAGAGCAUCGCCUGCCAGAAGGACGGAAGGGUGCUGGGCAUGAAGCGCUUUGCUGACCUGGUGGCAGAUGAGUUUAUCGAAAAGAUUGAACACGUGCUCUGCCCAGAUCCUAUCACCGUGUGCCCUGAUCUCCCUUGUAAAACAGAGCCUGCAGUGGCCAGCUGUUCGCAGCGGCCCGUGGAUGUGGUGUUCAUGUUGGAUGGCUCUGAGAGGAUGGGACUGGAGGACCACCGCAGGGUCAAAGAGUUCAUCGAGAACGUGGCUCGCCGCCUCACCCUGGCCAACGGCCUGAAAGACGACAGGAAUGCCCGCUUGGCUCUGCUGCAGUACGGCAGCUCUACAGAGCAGCGGGUGGAGUUCGCGCUCACGCACAAUCUCACAGUGAUCUCUGAUUCGCUGGCGGGGGUGAACUACAUGGACUCCUCUUCUGCUCUGGGCAGCGCUAUCAUCCAUGCUGUCAACAAUCUGGUGGUUCCACAGGGUGGAGACCGCUUGGCUCGUCGCAACGCCGAGCUGGCCUUUGUGUUCAUCACCGACGGCAUCACAGCCAGCGAACAGCUGGAUGAGGGCGUGUCUGCCAUGAGGCGAGCUGAAGGCGUUCCCACGGUGAUCGCCAUGGGAACAGACACAGACGAAGACGUGCUGCGGAAGGUGUCGCUAGGGGACGGGUCGGCCAUCUUUAGAGGAGCUGACUACGCCAUGCUGAACAAACCGUCGUUCUUUGAGCGCUUCAUCCGCUGGAUAUGCUAGUGAGGAACUGUAACGCUCUGCCCCAUAGAAUUAAAGAAGGCGUGCACAUAAACACACACACACACACAGAGCCAUCAGCCAACCUCUGUGAUCAUUAUCAUUACUGGAUGUUAGGCACUGAGGCGGCUACAUAUCCUGUUGUUAUGGGUGACGGUUAAUUUACAAGAGCCAAAACAAUCCACGUAGGACCAGCUGACACACAAACACAUAGGCAUGCAAUAUCGUUAGUUACUUGAUUGUUCUAGUCAUUCUAAAUCUACGGUCAGCACUUCCAACCAAAGACACUCAGAAGCAUCCCAGAGGAGAGGUGUAUGAUUCUUGAAUGUGUACGAAACUAAUUGUACGCUUUAUUUUGUUUUUAUAUUGUAUUGAUUUUCAGUUUGCAGUCUCUCUCUCUCUCUCUCUCUCUCUUUCUCUCUCUCUUUCUCUCUCUCCCUCACAGUCUUCACAAACUCAGUAUUUACAUUAAAGGUGCUAAAGUAGAAAUAAAGGACAAAGCCAUCUGAGUGGUUCUCAAAA